AUGCAGUCCUCGCAUUUACUGAUACAUGCUUUGCAGACAGCUGGCCUUGUUCUAGCAAACCGCUUGAGCGAGAACAGCUCGGUGACAGUGGUCGUCCUAGAGGCCGGCAAGGCUCACUUCGAGGAUCCGUUGGUUGAUAAAAUCGACGGUUGGCUGCAGCAAAUGAUGAAGCCGGAUUAUGACUGGGAGUUUUUCACUGUCCCUCAGCCCCAUGCGCACGAUAAGCCAGCUAGGUGGAGCCGAGGGAAGGGCCUGGGCGGCUCCUCCGCCAUAAACCUCCUUGGCUGGACUAAGCCAGAGCCCGCGGAUAUAGACGCAUGGGAGAAGCUGGGGAAUCCGGGCUGGAAUUUCAAACGCCUGCAUGAAUACAUAAAGAAAGCUGAGAGAGAUGUCAACAACACCAUCGGCACAGACGGUGAGUGUCAUUGUUUCAUGGAUCACCGGAGCACGCUGAUCGCUUCUAGGCCCAAUCUCUCUUGCUUAUGCGCCGACGAGCACUGGUGCAGAAGCAUCGUUCCAGAAGGUAAUGCUUACGAAGUGGGCCCUCAGACGAGCGGAGCGUACAAGAUGCUAUCAAGCAUUGAUCCGGAAAAGGGAACAAGGGCAUCCUCCGUAACCGGAUACUUGCUGCCCGCUAUCCACAGACCGAACCUGAAGGUGCUUACAGAGGCAUACGUCAACAAAUUUGUAACACGACAUGAGGGAGACAAGCUCACUGCGACUGGCGUGGAAUUUGAGCAUGGCGGUAACGUUUACCAGGUACAUGCGACGAAAGAGGUUAUCCUAUCUGCGGGGGCUAUCAAGUCACCGAAUAUUCUCGAACUCAGCGGUAUUGGGGAUCGACGUGUUUUGGAGCCCCUUGGGAUUCCUGUCCUGAAGGACAUUCCUGGCGUAGGCGCGAAUGUCCAAGAGCAUUACACGCUUACAGGCUUGGUGUUAGGUGAGUCCGGCGAGAGAUCGGUCCAGAAUCGAUGGGCUGAUGGCACAAAAGAGAUGCGACAGGCGCCUGACGCUGCGCUCAGUCGCCCGGCGCAUACUUCGACAGCCACCACUAAGCCUGAGGAAGCGACAGAAGCCGCCACAUAUCCUCCUGGACUAAAAGAGCAGUAUGAUAUUCAACUUGACAUCUUGCGGGACAGUCAGAUCCCAGACCUCGAGAUUAUGCUGCUCCCCGUCAGCUUCGCAGCCCCUUGUAAGGGUCUUCGCACUUAUGAACUCUGCAGUGUAUGCUCACAUUCCACAAUAGUCAUAGGCAAGCCGUACAUUUCCUUGCCCAUUGUUAUCAGUCAUCCAUUCGCACGGGGAACAAUUCAUAUCAGCUCUGCCGAUCCGAAGGCCGCGCCGCUCAUUGAUCCACGUUACUUUGAGGAGGAGACAGAGAGAGACAUACUUCUUGAGGGGUUCAAGUUCGCACGCAAGAUUUCCAAUACGAGUCCUUUCAAGGAUCUCGUCGUCGCCGAAGUACUCCCGGGACCUGAGGUCACAGAAGAUAGACAGAUUGUUGUGUUCAACCAUGUCAUCACAUUUAUAGAUUCUGCGGGCUCUCUGUCAAUGAUGCCUCAAGACAAAGGAGGCGCUGUUGACCCUGCGUUGAGGAUAUAUGGCUGCAAAAAUGUUCGCGUUGUAGAUCUCUCAGUGGUCCCUCUGACCGUUUCAGCGCACACACAAGGUAUGAAUGCCAUUUUGAUUACAAGCGUCAAUACUCACCUCCAUCCGGCAGUCAUAGUAUAUGGACUUGCCGAAAUGGGUUUGUUUCUCUCUCCUGACUUCGAAAUCGGCAACUUAUGUGCUGGCCUGUAG